UGACCAACAUGUGUUCAGAGUCUCUUCACCAUGUCCCGGUUCGCUAUCCAACGCCUACAAAGCCGUGAAUUUCAUCGAUAAGGAGAUGAAUGGAACUUGCGACACUGCAACGGACCGCGGUCCGCUACUCCUCUUGAGGGAGGGGAGAAGAUCCUCCCACGGUGCAUGUAAAUGAUAAAUUCCUGACCAUAUCAAUGCUCCAGAUUUUUCAGAAGUAAUGGCUCGAAGCAAGAGAAAGAGAUGCCAUUCCCCGGCGUCAUCUGUGGGUUCUGAUAGCCCGAAAAGGAAGAAGCAAAAAUGCGAGGAAACUCGCUUCUUGCUCGAGCGUCUCAGAAGGGUACAAAUGCUUCAAAGUGAUGAAGAAUUCGAUACCUUGUACGAACUCGAUCGUGUAAAUGGGAAACUCGGGUACGGAUCGUUUGCAACUGUACGCACUUGUCGGGAGAAAGCCUCUGGCAAUAUUUUCGCUUGCAAGGAAGUCAGUAAGAAGAAGCUCUUUGCGAUGUCUAGAUCAGCAGAAAUGAUAGAUCUGACAUACAAUGAAGCUGCUUGCUUUACCGAGAUUCUUCCAGAGCAUGAAAACAUUGUCAAGGUGUACAAGAUCUACGAAUCCCCAAAUUAUAUUUACAUGAUUAUGGAGCUACUGGAGAAAGAUACUUUAGCACAGACCUUCCAACGAUACUCCUGCACAGAUGCCCGAGUGCUGUUCAGGAAAAUAAUGCAAGCUGUGAAGCAUCUUCACGAAUACGGGGUGAUUCACAGAGAUCUGAACAUAGGCAUGAAAAAUAUAUGUUUUAGAUCCGGAGACACAAACUCUCCUGUAAUUGUCGACUUAAAUUUGUCUAUAUACCUACCCCAUUUGGCCACCAGAAUCAGACCUGGCUUUGUCAUCGACCAAGUAUUUUCAGAUAGAGAGUUGAAGCAAAUCAUUAAGCGAGUCAAACUCGACGAUGAACCACCCUCGUUCGAUGACGAUGUGAGUUCAUUGGGAAAAAUUCUUAGUGUUCUUCUGACUGGUGAUCGACAGCCCAAGGAUCCUCCUUGUUUUAAGCCUGGGUGUCAUCCUCAGGCCGUACAACUGCUUUGCGUUUUACUCGACAAUAACCAAAGGAGGGCAUUAACCAUUGAGCAGAUACUCAACCAUCCUUGGUUCCAGUCUUCAGAUUGACAUAAUUAAUAAAUACUACGACGGGCAGGCAUCUUUAGUUAGGUCUUCACUAUCUUAUCAAUCUCAUCAAUCUGAACCAUAUUGAUUGAGUACGUGCAAACAGGAGUUUCGUUUCCACUAGGAGUAGCCUCCCAUGUCGAGACCCGAAAUUAUGUAAGUGAACGCAACAUGAACCCCAGACCCAAGCUUGCAAUAAAAACGAGCCCCGGGCACAAAACCUUGACCAGGAUCCUCUUAAUCAUGAGUAUCAAAUAUUUCACAGCGUUCACCUCUCGGCCAAGCUGAAAGUCUCUUUCGAAAAGGAUUUUAGAUGUAGAAUUUUCAGCUUGACUAGAUCAAUUAUCGAAUGUUGGCUCGAACGUCAAGACGAUCUCUACAUAUAUUAAAACUCGUCAAGAGCUAGGAAC